AUGUCACUGGGAUUCAGCAAACCGGUGAUCCCCUUCGUCUGGCUUGCCGGACCGCUUGCCGGCGUGGUUGGGCAACCAUAUUUUGGUCUGUGCAGCGACCAAUGCCGAAUCCGCUGGGGUAGACGAAAGGCGUUCAUUGCGGGAGGCGCCUUGGUCAUCUUAAUUUCCCUGCCUGCGCUGGCGUGGACGGAAGAAAUUGUACACACGCUUGCGUGGAUUGCCAGUGAACGGCUUGACUAUCAUGUCCUACAAACGACAAUCAAAACAAACGCUGCUAUUCUUAUAUGGGUCUUGAACUUCGCCAUCCAGCCUCUUCAAUGUGGGCUUCGCGCUCUCAUUGUCGAGACUUGCCCCCCGGAGAAGAUGGACACAGCCAACGCGUGGGCUAGUCGUAUGAUCAGCAUAGGAAGCCUUCUAGGCUAUGGUUCCGGAUUCGUGGACCUCUCGCAACUGAUGCAUAUUGGAGGUGGUCAUGCACAAUUCAAGGCCCUUGCCGUGUUGGCAACUUGCGGCUUGGCCGUCACGGUCUUUGUGUGCUGCUGUACGAUCCGGGAACGAGAUCCAAAUGAGGAUGGGCCACCGAGCAGAGAACUAAGAAGCACGAUCGGCAAGUUCAAGCACAUAUACGGUAGCAUUUCCAAGAUACCGCCACAGGUUGCCAUGAUCUGCAAGGUACAGCUCUGUUCUUGGCUCGGGUGGUUCUCGUUCAUGUACUACAUCACAACAUACAUCGGUGAAAUAUAUUUGCGCGAUAUCCAUCCUGUGGACAUCACCGCCCAAAAGAAAGCAAACCAACACGGCUCGCUCGCACUGCUGCUGUUCGCCUUUUCUCAGCUUCUUGCCAGUAUCAUAGCCCCCUAUCUCAUCGCUAAGCCAGAGAACGACCUGCAGUCAAUCCCAAGCACUCUUGUCGCGCGGACGACAGCCCUGCCUCGAUUCCUAGCCCGGCAACUCAGUACCACCUGGUCAUCUCUGUGUAGCCUCUGGAUACUCUCCCACGCCAUAUUCGCAACCUGCAUGUUCAGCACGCUCCUGAUCAGCCGCAGCGUCUUCGGCGCCACCGUUAUUGUUGCCUUUGUAGGCAUAAGCGCGGCGCUCUCACAGAUUGUUCCCUUCACCCUCAUCAGCCUCAUACUCUCGCGGCACCACGAGCAGCCCAUCUACCGCGCCCCUUCCUCGGACGCUGCACAUGAGAUCACAACAGAAAAGUUUACAGCCAACUACGAGAUCCAGCCCGGUAUCGUCAUGGGCAUCCAUAACAUGUCCAUCGCAGCCCCACAGCUGAUUGCGGCGCUGGGGAGCAGCGCCAUUUUCUUCCUGCUCGGGACUGAUGGCCAAAGUGGGGACGAAAGCAGGAGCACAGCCUGGGUUUUGCGAGCGGGAGGCCUGGCGGCCAUCGCAGCUAUUUGGAUGACUCUCAAAUUGCGGAAAGGAAGUUGA